AUGCCUUGGUGGGGCCCACAGCUCCUGCUGCUCCUUGCUGAGACUACGGCGCGCGAGAGCCGCCACUGGGUUGUGGAUGCUCGCGGCAAUCUCCUUCCAGAGGCCCGGAAACCUGCAGCGGAGCUGUCGCUUGUCAACGUCUCUUUGGUUCGCCGCGAUGCCGCGCCCGGAACCAGCUUGUCCUUUGGUGCGUGGCCGUGGUAUCCUCAGGACCACCAGGAGCUGGCUCAGCUGGAGCAGAGGGCAGCGCCCAAGCCGGGCAACCACAGCAGCCCCGGCAACGAGUCUGCCGAGUCCCUGCACCGGGCGAAGGAGGAGCGCGAGUCCAUGAGCACGUUGACCUACGUCUUCUUUCCGGCAGCAUUGGUUUUGGCGGUGCUGUUCGAGGCUGUGCAUUUUCCCUGGGCGGAGGUUGACUGGUCCCUCCCCCUGGACCGCAGCGACGGCUUAGAAGGCUCGGAAAAAGUCGACAGCUCUUUUGCCGGCCUGACAGUGCUACUGGCUCGCCGCGGAUGGGGGCUUGCGCGGAUCUACUUUUUUGGCGCUGGCCGUGUCAAGGGCCGCUGCUACCUCGGCCUCCUCGUCGCCAUCCACUUGCUGGGCAUGUACCUGGACCUGGCCAUGUUCGACUUCCAACAGAGGUAUUGGAAUCUGUAUCAGCAGCCGAGCCUGCCUCUGUUCUUCGAGUUGAUCCGAAAUUGGUUCAUACUGCACAUCGCCCGCAUGAUUACAUACGUCUACGAGUUCUACGUGGAGGACAUGUUCUUCUUGCAUUGGCGAGACCACCUGACCAGAUACUUUGAGGCGAUCUGGGUCCCGAGCACCUACGUCUUCAAGAUGCAGGAAGGAAGCAAGUUCGACAACCCAGAUCAACGCAUUCACGUCGACAUCGCAAGCUUCAUCACGCAAAGCUACUCCCUGACCUUUGGCGUCAUGAAGGUGCUGGUGAACCUUGGGAUGUACACCUACAUGCUGGCGACCAUCACGCCUGCCUCCAUGCACUGGGCCUCUUUGGUUGGGACGGCGCUUCUGUACUCCCUGGUGGGCUCCUGCGUCAUGCACUUUGUUGGCUCCGAGCUGGCGCACUUCAGCUGGCUGGGCGAGAGGCUCGGCGGCGACUUCCGCGGGGAGCUGCGGAGGGUCUACGAUCAGAGUGAAACCGUGGCGAGUAUCCGGUCGGAGGAGGCCGAGCUCCAGCGCUUGCAGCACCGCUUUGAGCGCAUCAAGCUCAACACCUGGCUCUCCAUGCUGCUGGAGAAGAGGCUCAGCCUCUUCCAGAAGUGGUACGGCCCACUGCGCGAGGUGCUCUUCAUGUGCAUCCUGGCGCCCUUCUUCAUCCGGGGCGAGGUAAGCCUCGGCAGGCUGAAGCAGUGUGAGACAGCCCUGGACAGGAUCAGCGAUGCUCUGAGCUUCCUGGUCGACAACUACUCCAAGCUGUCAAGUUAUCGGGCGACUGUAGACCGUCUCCACAACUUCCGUGGCAGCUGCUUGACCUACCUCUCCCCCCAGAAGCUGGCCGAGGAGGACGAGACGAAGGGUGCUCUGGAUGCCGACGUCAUCGAGCGCUUGGCGGCCCGGGGAAUUCCGCCUACCUGGCCCCGGCUGUUGGGCGGCAUGGAGUUCAAGGAAGCGCCCGUGCUCCCCCCACCGCGCGCAGCUCGCGCGUCGGCCCUCUGCCUGCAUGCGGAGGGCCUCCGGCUGCCCUCCGGAAGGGCCCUCUUUGGGGAAGUGCACCUCGAGGUGGCUCCAGGUGAGAUGGUCCUUGUUUGCGGAGAGGAGGGCUCAGGCAAGUCCACCAUCCUCAAGGCUCUCGCCGGCAUGUGGCCAUACAUGGACCCUCGAGAUGGGACAGUGAGUCAGGAAGAUGUGGUGCUGCUUCCCCAGAAGCCACGCUUGCCCAUGCCCAUGUCUCUACACGAAGCCGUCGCCUUCCCCCAUGGAGCCGACCGCUACACCGAAGAGGCGGUUCGGGCCGCACUGGAGCGUGUGGGACUGGCAGAGCUGCUGACGAAAGGUCUCGCUACGCAGCUGGAUGUGAACAGCACCCUGUCCGGUGGAGAGUUCCAGCGGCUGCUUGUGGCCCACUGCCUGCUUGCUAGACCCUCCUGGGUGCUGCUGGAUGAGUCCAUGGCCCACAUGUCUGCUGCCAGCCGCGCGGAGCUCUAUGAGCUUCUUGCAGACCAGCUGGUCAAAGGCGGCACCGGGGUUGUCAGCACAUGCCAUAACCAUCAAGAGCUCGCCUGCUUCCACGACCGCUUCUACCGCGUCGAG